GAAUCCUUCAGAGAACCCUAUCUAGUUUUUUUAUGUGUUUAAUAUUGCUUGACCAACAAUGUCUUCUAACCAAGACAUUGCCUCUGGGCCAGUAUCAACUGCUGUUGAACAUGAGUCCAACAAGACCACAGAUCUGAAAGCUCACUUGAAGAACCGUAUUGGAAUAGAAAAAGAUACAGCUGUCGAAGAUGGCGAGGAAUCAAUCAACAGUGAGCCUCAGAAGCCUGUCUAUGACCAUACGCACCGGAAGUUGAAACCCAGACAUGUAGAAUUAAUCGGUAUUGGGGGGACGAUUGGGACGGUUUUGUAUGUCCAGAUCGGUCAAAGUUUGCGUGAAGGAGGACCGGCCAGCUUGUUUCUCGCCUUCACUAUUUGGUGCUCCGUGAUCUUAUGUCUUACUGUUUCAAUCGCAGAAAUGGUUACCUUUCUCCCCCUCUCCUCGCCCACCAUCCGCCUCGCAGGCCGAUUCGUUGACGAGGCAUUUGGCGUCGCCGCUGGAUACAACUUUUUCGUGUCCCAGGUAGCCCAGAUCCCGUUCGAGAUUGUCGCGUGCAAUCUGAUUAUCACGUAUUGGAGCGAUGCAGUCCCUGUAGGGGCCAUUGUUGCCAUUGUGCUUGUGCUUUAUAUAAUCCUCAAUGUGUUUGCCGUUCAGUGGUAUGGUGAGUCUGAGUUCUGGCUUUCGCUGGGAAAGGUGCUUCUCAGCGUUGGUCUGAUUAUAUUCACCUUUAUUGUGAUGCUGGGAGGGAAUCCUCUGAAUGACCGGUUCGGAUUUCGGUACUGGCAGAAUCCGGGUUCGUUUGCAGAGCACUACAAGAGAGGUGAUCUUGGUCGAUGGCUGGGCUUUCUUUACUGUCUUAUAAAGGCGAGUUUCACGAUUGCCGGACCGGACUAUGUCUCCAUGGCCGCCGGAGAAGCCGUAAAUCCCCGCAAAGUUCUCCCCAAAGCCUACAACGGCGUUUUCUACCGUCUUACCGUCUUCUUCGUGCUAGGAACUCUCUGCGUCGGCAUCCUAGUUCCCUACAACGACUCAACAAUGGCCGCUGCAUUCGACCAAGACAAACCCGGCGCCGCGGCCUCGCCGUACGUAAUCGCCAUGGACCGCCUGCACAUCCCCAUCUUACCACACAUCGUGAACGCCAUGGUACUGGGAGCCUCAUUCAGCGCAGGGAACAGCUACGUCUACUGCGCAAGUCGCAGUCUCUACGGCCUCGCACUAGACGGCAAAGCACCACGCUUCUUCACAAAGUGCACACGCACCGGAGUCCCAAUCUACUGCGUGAGCAUCGUGCUAUUAAUCUCACUCCUAGCCUUCCUGCAAGUUUCAAACAGCGCCUCCGUCGUAAUAAACUGGUUCGUCAACCUAGUCACAGCCUCGCAACUAAUCAACUUCUCCGUCUGCACGUUCACCUACAUCCGCUUCUUCAAGGCUCUCGAGGCGCAGGGCUUCUCUCGGAAAACUCUCCCUUACACAUCCCGCUUCCAGCCCUAUCUUGCGUAUAUUUCGCUGAUUUGCACGACUACCAUGGCGUUUGUGGGUGGGUAUGAGGUUUUUCUGCGGGGGAAGUGGGAUGUGGCGUCGUUUUUCUUCUCGUAUACGAUGAUUGGAGUGUUUCCGGUGUUGUAUUUUGGGUGGAAGAUUGUGCAUCGAACGAGGUGUAGACGGGCUGAGGAAGUGGAUUUGGUUUCGGGGGUGGAAGAGAUUGAUGAUUAUACGAGGAAUUAUGUUGAUGUGAAGCCGAAGAAUAUAAUCACCAAAACGUCGAGGAUCCUCUUUGGAUAGCAAUGUUGACACAAAACACGCUUGGAAUAUCCAUGAUAGUGAUAGACUAGAUGAACACAUCAUACAAAAGAACCAUAGAACAUAAAACAUACCACAGCUUCCGCUCACUCUCACUAUACACCCCACUCCUACGACUGAUCAACGCCAACCGCAACCCCAGCAGCCUUCAACGCCUCCAACCUCUGCUUAUUCCUCUUCCCCAGCACCCGCAGCGUAGUCUUCUUCUCAAUCUCCGUCAUCCCAUCCCAGUUCGCGAUCCGCGAGAGUGUCCCAUCCGUAUUCACCACCAUAGGACCCAGAUGAUCCAGUGUCACUGUUGAGCCUGGUUGGCUGAGAUCGAGCUGGUUUGUGUCCGCGGAGGGGCCGGAUUCGGGGAGGGC